CUGGUUUACACAAUAGUAUAAGACAAUAGUAAACACCAGUCGAAGGGAUUAGAUAAACUCGAAAGUGCGAAGUUAUCGAAUUCGGAUCUAACAUCUUUUUGAUUCAAGAAAAUAGCUAUGGAGGAUAAUAAUGAAAAUAAUAAUGAAAAGGCUGACAUCGUUAGAAGUAUAUACGUUCAUGAAGAUGGGGCAAAGGACAUCAGCACAACCAAAGAGUUGCGCAAAAGUCCGAUUUCCUCAUCAGAAACUUUAGAAAGCAAAUCGCAAACCAAACAUGACAGUAUAAGACACGAAAUGAAACCAAAAGAAACCACAGAGCAAGCCAGAACACCCUCCCCAACUCAUAGACGUCAAGACAUUCCGACGUCGGCAUACCCAGAAGCAAGACUAUCUGCGUUCACAACAAUAAAACCGAUGAGGUCACCUAUGAAGGCUGAAAUGGACUUAUCGAGCGUGCAUCGUCAGCUUGCAUUGGACCCGUUAAGGACACAACACCCCGCGUUAUACCCUUAUGCCACACAGUCAAUUUUCGCAAACUUUCCAGAUAUUCCACUUCCUCCAGGCUUGGCUAGUUUCUUCCCAAGACGACGUCGUAAGGAGAAUCAGCAGAGGAGACAACGAACUACAUUUACGAGCGAACAGACUUUGAAACUGGAGCUAGAAUAUCACCGAACAGAGUAUAUCACUCGACCAAGGAGAUUUGAACUUGCAGAAAUGUUAAAUUUGACAGAGACUCAAAUCAAAAUAUGGUUUCAAAAUAGAAGAGCUAAGGACAAACGCAUUGAAAAAGCACAGAUGGAUCAACAUAUCAGAUCGCUGGGGUUACCUUCAAAUGCAGCACCGAACCCAUUUUCUCUACCACCAAAUUAUACCAGUGGACUUUAUAGCUCAUAUUUCAAGCAGCACUCUGGCUCCCCACCGCCUAAUAUUCCAGUUUCAACAGUAUCAACGUCAGCCCCAGUUGCAAAUGUUUCACAUCCUUUUGGGUUGGCGUAACCGUAUUCAAUGACCUUGACAGAUAAUGCCCAAGUAGACCUAUGCUUUGACACACAAUGCUCGACAUCUCUCUCUGUGAUUGGACUUGAAUCCAGGUUUUGAAAAAGAGAAUCAACUUUCUUGCUAGGAAAUCAAGUGAAUUACGAGGAUGAUGAUGCAGAUGAAGUAAAACUGUAGUGGUCAUCAAAUAAGUGUAUGCUGUAUAAACAAUAGGGAGGUUAAGAUACACGUU